CCCCCCCCCCAACACACAUCGCUCUCUCACCGGUCAACCCCCGUCAGCGAGCCCCUCUCAUCGGCCGCUGAUUAAUAGCUAACACUGGACCACCUAGGACACUCCCACCCUACCGACCGACCACCGCCUAGCGCUGGAAGCCCACCCUACGCUCAGGGCCCGCGAAGAGAGCCACCUCGGAGUGUAAACCCGUGGUUUUUAGAUCACCAACCCCCUCUAGUUCUACUCUGUGGGAUUUUCGGGGUCCGUGUCUUCUCUACCUCACUACCCCGAUGCCUCCCUGCUCCCGUGUGUAACCUCAGCUGCACUAUCUCCGACCCUCCGGGCUGCACCGACACCGGUUCUGCUGCUUCUGACAAUCCGACCAAGGAGCGCUGCUGCUCGGCGUGCACCGACUGCGGCGAACCGCAGUGGACACAUCCUGCUCUCUCCAUCUCUGCCUCAUCGCUCAGUGUGGCUGCAGCAGAGGGGAGCUAGCUCACCGCUCCGUUCCUCUUCACACCCACACGGAUAGCAAAUCCAGUUACGGACCUUCCCCUUUCAACCCUCCCUCCAGCCCCACCGCAGCGCCCGAGCCACGGGUCUCGCCAUGCCGGGUCCGGUGGCCGGUAGCAAGUCCCGUGUGUACGCAGAUGUCAACACGCUGAAGAGCCGGGAGUACUGGGACUACGAGGCCCACGUACCCAACUGGAACAACCAGGAGGACUACCAGCUGGUUCGUAAGCUGGGCAGGGGGAAGUACAGCGAAGUGUUCGAGGCGAUCAACAUCACCAACAACGAGAAGGUGGUUGUUAAGAUCCUGAAGCCAGUCAAGAAGAAGAAGAUCAAGCGAGAGAUCAAGAUCCUGGAGAACCUGCGAGGAGGAACCAACAUCAUUCGACUUGUGGACACAGUUAAAGACCCAGUGUCCAGAACUCCGGCGCUCGUCUUUGAAUGCAUCAAUAACACAGACUUCAAGGAGCUGUACCAGAAGUUGACAGAUUAUGAUAUCCGUUUCUAUAUGUAUGAACUACUGAAGGCUCUGGACUACUGUCACAGUAUGGGAAUCAUGCACCGUGACGUCAAACCACACAAUGUGAUGAUCGAUCACCAGUUGAGAAAGCUACGUCUUAUAGACUGGGGUCUGGCAGAGUUCUACCACCCGUCCCAGGAGUACAACGUCAGAGUGGCCUCGCGAUACUUCAAGGGCCCCGAACUCCUGGUGGACUACCAGAUGUACGAUUACAGUCUAGACAUGUGGAGCCUGGGCUGUAUGCUGGCCAGUAUGAUCUUUCAGAAAGAGCCCUUCUUCCACGGACAGGAUAACUACGAUCAGUUGGUGCGAAUCGCCAAGGUCCUGGGGACAGACGAGCUGUUCGGCUACCUGCGUAAAUACCACAUCGAACUGGACCCGCGAUUCAAAGACCUGCUGGGACAGCAGAGCAGGAAGCGGUGGGAACAGUUUGUGCAGACAGAGAACCAGCACCUAGUCAGUCCUGAAGCUCUGGACCUGCUGGACAAGCUGCUACGCUACGACCACCAACAGAGGCUGACCGCGACGGAGGCCAUGGAGCAUCCCUACUUCUAUCCAGUAGUAAAGGAGCAGUCGCUGUCAAACUCUGACAACAACAUGGUUUCCAGUGGCAACACUACAGCGCGGUGAAACACAGAGUUGGAAGAAGAAGAAGAAGGAGAAGAAGAAGAAGAAAAAAAGCUUGUUACCUCAACUUUGUACCCGGUUGUGACAGUAACUUUUGACAAGUGUACAGUGACAAUGGAUCAAAGUAUCUCCGACCAGUUAUACACUCACACACAUGUGCAUACGGAUACACACACUCAUACAUACACAUGUAUACAUCAGGGGAGCACAACUCCAUAUCCACACAUACACGCACACACAUACGCGUACAUACAGUACACCCUCGUCCUCCUCUGUGUCAGUCUGUGAUUGGCUUGUCCUGGUUUCCUGUCCAGCAGCCUGACCAAUGAGCUUGAAGCUGCUGCCCCAAACCCCCCAAUUCCAAACCCUUCAUCGCCCCGUCAAAUGGUCCAAACGUCCUCCCAGCUCAGUCUCACGAGGUCAACAGGGACAAAGUACUUUUAAAGACAAUUCAGUCUCCUCUCCUCUGUCGCCUCCUGUAUAUCAUC